GGGAGUUUUGGUGGCAGAGGCAAAGUGGGCACAGCCUGGAUACCUGAAGGAUCUUACAGGGAGGAAUUCCUGGAAAAACAAAGCGAGAGUGACACUGGAAAAAGUAGAAGACUAGAGAAAGAGAGGCGGAGAGGGAUGACCUUACCAAAGAGAUGAUGUUCCCACAGCAAAAUUAUUGUCUAAAAACCUCAAGCUUUAACCAACGCAUCUAAAGACGAGGGCCCCCAUGAAAAACCGAAGUAUCACCGAAGUAACACCGUACCGACGCACCCCAACCCAAACCAAGUCCAGCGGGGAAGAGCGAAUCAACACAAAGAGUGUUAAGAUGAAGCUGGAGACAGCCCCAGAUAUGAGUGAGUGGCGAGAGGACGACUUUGCCCUCAACUGCACCUACAUUGUCCCUGACCAGGUGUCGGACCCCAGCUUCGGUGUGCCCAAAGCCAUGACGUCCAUACCCCGCAACCUCACCUUUGAGUACAGCACAGAGAAUGAGGUGACAGGCGUGUUCAGCAAAGAGUACAUUCCUCAGGGGACUCGGUUUGGACCUCUGCAGGGUGACAUCUACACCAAAUACAACGUCCCCAAACAGGCCAACAGGAAAUACUUCUGGAGGAUCUAUAACGGCAGGCAGCUAUACCACUUCAUCGAUGGCUAUGACUUGCAGCGCAGCAACUGGAUGCGCUACGUCAACCCAGCGCACUCGCUGUCCGAACAGAACCUGGUGGCGUGCCAGAAUGGCCGUGACGUCUACUUCUACACCAGCCAGCCCGUGGAGCCCAGGCAGGAGCUGCUGGUGUGGUACAGCCAAGAUUUCGCCCAGAGACUGUGCAGCCAACCAGGUGAAGAGCUCAAACAAAAACACAUUAUCGGAGAUGUCAGAGAAUCCGAAGAGAAGGAGAUGAAAGACGAGAGAGAGGAUGAAGGGGAGGAGAGAAUUGAUGUGGAGGUGCUGGAAAGAGACACGCCGCCCGACACGCCAGACGACCAAAUCAUGGACUUCAGCCAGAAGAUAGAGAAUGAGAAGGUGACCCAGGACCACCAGGGACCCAUCCCCUCUCCUCAACCCGACCAGCGAGAGCCCAAUCUGGGAUCUCAUGUCUACGGCUUCCCAGAGUGCCACCCUACCGCCCCCUCCCCGACCCGCGACCUUCACCUCCACGGGCUCUACAGCCACAGAGAGGGCCUAGUGUCCUCCUACCCCCUCUACCAUCCCUCCAGACCCAUUCAACCCCCCUACCAGCUUCUCCCCCCAUACAGCAGCCCCCACUACCCCCACCUCCUCCUCCCCCAGUACCCCCCACCCUUCCCUGGGAUGCUCCCCUCCAGAGGCCCUCUGCGGUACAGCAGCUAUCCGAGUAGCGAUGGACUUCCACACCCCUCCAUGACCCACCAGCCUGGUCUGCUCCCAGUGUCUCUGCCCUACCCCGGAGCGACUCAGGGAGGGCUGAAGGAGAGGACCCCAAAUAUGUCACCUCCUUGUGGGGCCCCAGCCACCCCAGAGCUCUCUCCCCUUCCCAAGCAGGAGCACCAGACACCCCUGCCGUCACCCUGUGGCUGUGAGGAGGCCAUGAACCUCAGCCUGGCCAUGCCAGAGAGCAGCCCCUCGCCACCUGCCCCUGGCUACAAAUCCCUCCCCUACCCCCUGAAGAAACAGAACGGCAAGAUCAAGUACGAAUGCAACGUCUGCAUCAAGACUUUUGGACAGCUGUCCAACCUCAAGGUGCAUCUCAGAGUACACAGUGGAGAGAAGCCCUUCCAGUGUCACCUCUGUCUGAAGAGCUUCACCCAGCUAGCCCACCUGCAGAAGCAUCACCUGGUCCACACUGGAGAGAAACCACAUGAGUGCACGGUGUGUCACAAGCGCUUCAGCAGCACCAGCAACCUCCGGACACACCUGCGGCUCCACUCGGGUGAGAAGCCCUACCAGUGCAAGCUGUGCAGCACCAAGUUCACCCAGUACAUCCACCUCAAGCUCCACCGACGCCUGCACAUCGCCCGCGACCGCCCCCACUGCUGCCCUCUCUGCGCCCACGCCUUCGUCCACCGCUUCUCGCUGCGCAUCCACCAGCGCAGCUGCUGCCCCACCUCUGCCCAGGCCCAAGCCAGCUCACAUGCCCACACCCACAUCCGCGAGCUGGUCGAGCGCUUCGACACCAGCCCCGAGGCGGACACGCUGCCUGAAGGGGCAGGACCAGCCCAUUUGGAAGCUGCAGUGGAGCGCUGGGUAGCCCGGAGCUUGGAAGGGCGAGAGGGCAAGGAGGACCAGAGUGAAGCCACCCUGCUGCUCAAGGCCUUCACGGCGGCCAUUAACACCCCAGCUCCUCCCACGACGUCAUCGCACACUUCUACUUCAGCCUAUCAGGAGAGGGCUAGUGUGGUACGCCUCUACAACCGGCCAAUGGUGAAGACGCAAGGGCAGUAGGCGAAGUAGAAUGACCCUUUUGGGGAGGGGUAAGGAACAAGAAACAUUUUAAGGGUCUACCUCCUGAAAAGCCAGAGCACAAUCGAUAAAGUCGUCACGGAAAAAUAAGUUUUUCCUCGAGGGGAAGAGAGACUAUGGAAAGCCAAUAAGAGAGCAGCACCAAAACAAAGACUAUUCAAAGACAUGGCCAGUGUGUUCAGUGAUUGCACUUCCACCCUAACUAAGGGUGUUUUCUUAUUCGCUGUGAAGUUUCACUCAGGUCCACAGGUGUAAUUUACAUGGAAUGUGUGAGAGCGUUUGUCAGCUAUAUUUGUUCAGUUGAGUGAUUAUUUUUCUUGUUAACGUAAUGUUACGUCUUGACACUUCCAAGGAGGCUUUACUCCUGGGAAAACCGUUGGACCAAUGCCACAGACUAUUACUGCGAUAUCUAAUGUUUAAUUACCGGACAAUCUUUGUGUAUAUUUAUUUAUUUUUGCUAAAAAAAAGGGUAGAUCAGGGAUCGUGAAACUAUGUGUAUGCUUUUGCGUUUGCCAAAAAAACAACAAGAAUCAAACAAAAUAUGAGGAUAAACAGAUCUAACUUAUGUAGCAUAACUUUUUCAAACUGAAAUAGUGUAUUCUAAUGUAAUGUAACCAGAGAGGAAAGCAAACUAAAAGUAGUCAGAAUGUUAUAAUGUUCCGGUUCAAUUCAAAUAGCUUCUCAGGACUUCCUGUGAGUCAUUUAGUGAUGUAUUGGAGGUACAUACUUCUGCACAGAAACUAGCAAUAAAAAGAAAAAACGUUUGUUUCUUCUUUUUGAAUGUUAAAACAUUAAGACAGUGUACUUGUAUUUGAAUUUGUUUGAAUAUAUCCUGAAAUACCAUUGUGUUUCUAGCUCUUUCUCUUCGAUUCAGUUGUUAUCUACCCACUGUCGAUAUAUACUUUAUUUAAUUCGUCCUCUAUACUGGUGGUACUGUAGAUGCGAUUGUCAUCCGAAACAGAGCAUGAACCAUACAGUAUGUGAGAAUGAACCCGAUGUAGUCUGUACUGCACUUUCCCCUUUACUCAGUCUGCUCCUAGUACCACUGUAUAUAUAUACACUCAGGUGAAUGGCUCUCGGCUCUUGUUAUUUUAUCAAAACUAUUGACAAAGGUACCUCAUACGAGAGCUGUACGUUUUCGCUCUCACUGGAAAAAGCCAGAAAUAGAUCCAUGCGCAACUAGGUUUAUGUUACCUAGAACCAAAAUGGUGGAACUGUUCUAACAUUAAUACUGUGUGAAUUAUAAUUGUUUUUGUAUACACGUUUGUAGUUUUGUCUAUGUAGUUUAUUUUUGGACCAAGGUUAUCAUAUGUGGAUACUUUAUGUCAGAGAUUAUUUUCAUGAUACUUUUGCAAUAAAUGUAGCACAUUAAACAUGCUGUUUUUCAAACUGU